AUCCAUCCCAUCCCAUCCCAUCCCAUCCCAUCCCAUCCCAUCCCAUCCAUCCCAUCCCCCAUCCCAUCUCUCUCUUGGCGUCCACUCCACUGGCACAACCAAGCGAGCGCCCUGGCAAUUCAAUCCAACUGCACUUUCUGCCGAAGGUUCACUGUCCGUGACUGUCACUUGUCUAGCAGUGCUGCUGCUGCAACGGCCGGCAUUGAAUGCGGUGGAGGACUGUGUCAGUGCAUCGUGGGUUGGGGUGCUGUGUGCACUGUGUUACAAUUUGUUAAAAGCCUGGGCGGUAGGUUUUGGCAGAUAUCUUCCGUCGCUUUUCUCCACUGGAAAACUCAUUCGCAGGGACUUAUCUGGGGACACAAAUGCACAUGUGUAGUUUGCAGCAGCAUUUCGGCCCAAGCAGCAGCCAUCUCUGAGAUCAUCAUGGUCCAAGUAGGGAGUGAGCGGAACGAGACGGAGCAGCAUAAGACUGCAACUUUUUGAAGCAGAUGACAAGAGUGAGCACAGCUAAGUAAGAGUGAGAAGCAGCAUAUGACCUCGCAGAACUCGUGACGAGUGGGCAGAACGAGCGUGAGCAAGAGUGACGAGUAUGAGAGUGAGGAGAACAAGCCAGGAGCGAGCAGGAGAAGAGUAAGGUGAACGAGAGCGAGUAAGGGCCAGUUAAGUGUCUGAAGAGCGUCAGCAUCAGCAGCAGCAGUGAUUCGCCAACGCCACUGGCGGCGAAGCCUGCUGGAGUGACAGCAGCAGCGGCGUGGAGGCAGCAGCAGCAGUGGUGGUGGAGGCGCAGGCGGCGGCAACAGCAGCAGCAGCAGCAAACACAGCAGCAGCAGCCACAGCAGCAGUGAUAUUCACAGGCGACCCAAUCGACGGCUUGGAACACCUGCGUUGUUACCAGCAACAGCCGCAGCCUCUGCAGCAGCAACAGCACCAGCACUAUCAGUGCCAAGCAGCAGCGAUAUCACCUUCACACAUGGCCGAGCAGCAUAAGCCCUCAUUCACGGCGCACAACUAUACUUCAGCUCAUGUGACGCCUUCCGGAAGAGAUUCAAGCGUAAUGGGUGAUGAUGACACCCUCAGAUCUCCCUCACCCCAGCUGCAUCAUCACCAUCCCAUGAGUCAUUACUCUGAGGCGCCUAUUACCGAGCGAUGUCUUAUGAGUCAUGCUAUUGACACGGCAUCGAGAGCUAACAGGAGUGUGACUCUUGGCACGCUAACAAACCCCAUGAGUCACCCAGUGGGUGAUGCACCGCUCCAGCAAACGUACGCUCCGCUCCCUAUGCAAAGUGAUACGAGCACUAUUAGUGGUCCUCCACAUCAGCACCACCAUGCUAUGUUUGGAAGUCAUGAGGACGCGUUCAGAUGGAAGAAGGCGUCGCACAAGCGAAUCCGGGGACCGCAGGUGAAAAGCCCCACGUUCUCAGCCCCACGUUCUCGGCCCCACGUUCUCAACCCCACGUUCUCAGCCCCACGUUCUCAGCCCCACCUUCUCGGCCCCACGUUCUCAACCCCACGUUCUCUGGCCCACGCUCUCGGCCCCACGUUCCCAGCCCCACGUUCUCCGCCCCACAUUCUCGGCCCCACGUUCUCGGCCCCACGUUCUCGGCCCCACGUUCUCGGCCCCACGUUCUCGGCUCCAUGUUCUCAUCCCCACAUUCUCGGCGCCACAUUCUCAGCCCAUAAUUUCACUCGCUCUUGCUCUCUCUCACUCUAUCGCCCUCUACCUCACUUGCUCUUCUGCCAUGAGCCAUCACCUACAGCCAUCACCUACAGCCAUCACCUACAGCCAUCACCUACAGCCAUCACCUUCUCAGAUCCACCCAUAGGAAAGGAGAUGUCCCCACACAAAUUCUUCUCUACUCUCUCGUACCUAGCUUGCUCUCCUAUCAUCAUCUAUCUGCAGCCAUCUCGUUCCCAGCCCCACCCAGAGCAAAAAAAUAUACUCAAUACUUCCUCUCCAGUCCCUCUUGCCCUCUGGCGCUUUUGCUAUUCUUUCAUGGGCCUUCACGUAUCUGCAGCCAUGAAGCUCUCAGAUAUUGACACUGCUGUGGGCAACAUUAACGUCACAAACCCGAAACCCAGCAGCUGCUUUUGAUGGGGCUCAAACGAGGGUCCAUGUUUUCAUUUUGACUGUUUGGAGGCAGUUGCUGUCGCUCUCUAGGCCCAGCCGUCCUUAACUCUCAGCCUUUUCUGAUGUGUUGAGUCGUCUCCCCCCAAACCCCGGCCUCAGAGAGUGUUGCUCAUUGUGUGUGCGAGCAAGCAAUCAACUAGCUUCUCUCCAAGGAAGGAGGCCAAAAACCUGUUCAAACCCAUACCUCCUUCCCCUCCCUCCUCCUUUUCACCCCCUUCCCCCUCGCUGCAGGCUGUACUUCGUGUGUGCGAGUAAGCAGUCAACAGGCUGCCCUGCCAGGAAGGUGGAGGACCGCGUUGCAGGGGAGGCCAGGCCCCGCCGCCCCUACCUAAGAGGCGGAGCCUCAAAAGCUGUUGCAGGAAGGGGCAGAGCUCGCAGGGGUGAGAUAGGAGAGGGGGCGGGUUUGGUUGCAGUAGACAGUGCAGCGACUGCAGGCAGGGGUGAGAGUGGAGAGGCAGCAGUGGCGACUACUGGCGAGGAGGGGGUGGUAGGGAGCUCUGGCUUGGCAGCAGAUGCCGCCGCUGCCGCCACCACAGCAGCAGCAGCAGCAGCAGCAGCAGGACGUGCGUUGGGACGUCCAGAGGAAGAGAACCCUGGGGUGCGGAGGACUGAGAUGCGUGUGGUGGUGCGCGUGAUGUACCGCGGUGCACAUAACCAUCCCCCACCACCUCUGAAAGCUUUGCAGGAGCGGGCUGUUAUUUCUCCUGAUACAAGUCCCCCUCAUGCUUCUAAACCCCCUACAGCCACAACCUUCCGUACUGGCGCGACGUUCACUAGUGAUAUAAUUCUUCCUGCUGCUACAGCAUUCCCUCCAGCUACAGCUCCACAUCCUGCUACAACCUUCCCUACUGCUCCCCUCCCUGCUUCCACCUUCCCUACUGCCACAACGUUUGAUAGUGCAACAAGCUUUUCUGCUGCUGCAACCUGCAUUCCUGCUACAACCUUUGGUACUGCCACGACGUUUUCUACUGCUACAUCCUUCCCUAUUGCUACAACCUUCCCUCCUGCUACCGCCUUCCUGCCUGCUACAACAUGUAUUCCUGCUGCAACAUUUCCUCGUGCUACAACCUCCCAGUCACCUCCACGCUCUCACUCACCAGCAUCCUGCACAGAAGCUGCAGGCCCCCCAAUUUUUUCUCAGAGUGGAUCCUUCCAGGUGCCUUCCUUCCCUGCACAUAUCGGCAUGGGUACAGCUCCCUAUUUCAACCCUCAGACUCCACCUCAACCUUCUCCUUCUCCUCCCCUUCCUCCUCCUCCUCAACCUUCUCCUUCUCCUCCCCUUCCACCUCCUCCUCCUCCCUCUCCUUCUCCUUCCCUUCCUCCUCCUCCUCCUCCUCCUCAUCCUCCUCCUCCUCCUCCUCCUCCUCCUCCUCCUCCUCCUCCUCCUCCUCCUCCUCCUCCUCCUCCUCCUCCUCCUCCUCCUCCUUUUCCUUCUCCUCCCCUUCCUCCUCCUCAUCCUUCUCCUCAUCCUUGUCCUUCUCCUCCCCUUCCACCUUCCCCCCCUCCUUCCACAACCUUCCUUCCGCAUCCUCCUCCCCUCCCCAAACCUUCAUCCAUCAAUCCAUCAAUACCCACCACUACUUUCCCUCCGGCCGACAAGCCUCCUCAACAUGUGCCGUUUCAAGCACACCCCUCCAUGGCAGUUUCUUGUCAACCAGAGCUCACACAUGGAACUCCUGCUUCUGCCCCUUCUACAUCUGGGCUUACCUCCAGCCUCAUUCCUACUUCUGCUCCUACUACACCUGGCUUCAACUCCAGCCUCAUUCAAGAUUUUUCUCCUGCUACAGCUGCCUUUGCCUCCAGUUUCUCUCCUGCUUCUGCUUCUACAGCUAAAUUUAGCUCCAGCCUCGCUCUUGCUGACCUCCCUUCCUCGCCUCUGCCCCAUUAUCGCCCACCCAGCUAUUAUCCACCUCUGCUUCACCCACCAGAGGCAUCAGCAGACGCGGAAGCAGCGGCAGCAGCACUGGCAGAAGCGGAAGUAUCAGCAGGGGAUCCAACAGCCAGUCUCAUUAUGCCAAUGGUACGAAAAACCAGUCAUAUUGAUUCGUGCCCAAUUGCUGGCUCGAGUGCUGGUAACCCCGGAGGAAAAGCUACACUUGCUGCAGCAGUAUCCGAUUCAUUUCCCAAGUGUGAUGAAAGCAGGCUACGUUUUGACGAGCAUGUCAUUAGAAUCAAGCUAGAGCAGUGGCAGCUAGAGCAGCAGGUGCAACAGUUGCAGCUAGAGAUGAAGCAGGAACGGUGGAAAGGCAAUUUCCAGCCACAGCAAAGGUGCAAUGGUCGGCAGGACCAACUAAAGCAGCAGCUAAUUGAGCAGAUGAAACAGCAGCAGCAGCUACAUUGCCAGGAGCAACAACAGAUGUGGCAGCUGGAGCACCACCAGAAGCAGCAGCAGCAGCAGCAGCAGCAUCAGAAGCAGCCGCAACAGACGCAAGAUCAGCAACAUCAACCGCAGCAGCAGCCUCAGCAGCACCAACAGUGGCAGAAACGACACCAUCAGCAAGAGAAGCAGCAGCAGCAGCAACAACAGCAAGGUCAGCUGCAGCAGAAACAACAACAGCAACAACAAGAACAGCAGCAGCAGCAGCAGCAGCAGCAGCAGCAGCAAUAUCAACAUCAACAGCAGCAGCACCCUCAGCAGCGACAACAGUGGCAGCAACAACACCAUCAGCAAGAGAAGCAGCAGCAGCAGCAGCAACAGCAACAGCAACAGCAACUGCAGCAGCAGCAACAACAGCAGCAGCAACACCAACACCAACACCAACAACAGCAGCAGCAGCAACAGAAACAUCAACAGCUGCACCAACAACAGUGGCAGCAACGAGACCGUCAGCAUGAGAAGCAGCAGCAGCAGAAGCAGCAGCAGCAGCAGCAGCAGCAGCAGCAGCAGCAGCAGCAGCAGCAGCAGCAGCAGCAGCAGCAGCAGCAGCAACAACAACAACAACAACAACAACAACAACAACAACAACAACAACAACAACAACAACAACAACAACAACAACAGUGGCGGCAGCAACAGCAACAGCAGCACCAGCACCAGCAACAACAACAUCAGCAUCAGCAGCCUCAGAAGCAACAGCAGAAGUACCAGCAGCAAAAGCACCAGCUGCACCAUCAGCAACAGCAGCAGCAGCAUUGGCAGCAGCAGCAAUAUCAGCAGCAGAAGCUACAGCAGAUACAGCAGCAACAGCAGCAACAACAGCAGGAGCAGCAGCAGAAACAGCAGCAUCAGGAACAGCAACAACAGCUGCAGCAGCGGCAGCAAUGGCAGCAGCUGCAGCAGCAGCAACAGCAGCAGGUCCUCUCAAAUCUUCUCUGCACAGAGCAGCUCAUUCCCCAAGCUGGCCUAAACGCCCCUGCUGAUGCUGCUGUUGAUGUUACACGUGUCUCUGCGACUGUCGUGCACCUUCCUACGGCUGUAGUACAAGUUCCUAAGGCCGUGGCAGAGGUCCCAAUGGCUGUAGCACCAAUUCAUAUGGCUGUAGCACAUGUUCCUACAGUCAUGGAAGACGUCCCAAGGGCUGUAGCACCAAUUCAUACGGCUGUAGCACAUGUUCCAACAGCUGUGUCAGACGUCCCAAGGGCUGUAGCACAAGUUUUUAUAGCUGUGGGACAUGCUACGUUCACUACACUUGGCACUCGUGUGAACGAAUCACCUGAUGGUGUUUCUGUUUCAGCAUGUGAUGCAGAGGUGUUGCAGCAGGGGGGAGCAUGGGAGCAGCAGGCAGUGAGUCAAUGGGAGGGAGAUGCUCGCCUAGAUUCCCCCCAGGAUUACCCACAGCAUUCUGAGCAACAGCAAUAGCCGCAACAACGGCAUGCGCUGCGAUGAACAGCUUGCCCCCACACGCCUUAGUGACCUCAGGCUACCUGUACUCACCACAAGCAACUUCAACAGUGCCGGCAGUGCCUUGACCAACCCCAACGCAGCUACGUCAGACAGUAGAACCAGCAACGUGUCAACUUACUGUGGCAGCACGAGCAACAACCUUCCAUACAUUCCUAUGACUGACCGAGACAGCAGCAUCAGCAGCAGCGGUCCUAGUCUAAGCGGCACAAACAGCAGCUUCAUGGAGCCAUGGCAGCAUCAAGGCAUGGUGGACAACAGGGAGCAGCAGGACGCGCCAAGGUUGCAGCCCUCUGGGGCUGCAUGUCUGGAAGAGCUUUAUCUGCCCCCAACUGACAUCACCACAUGCCAGGCUAUAAUGAGCGGUUAUGACGAAUCAGAUGUGGUUCCACUAGGUAUGCACGGAAAUGCGAAUUGGUGUGAUGACUUGGAUGUGAUUAUGCUUGAAUGUGCAAGGGAGGUGCUGCUUAGUAAUGAGAGGAUUUUGUGAUGAUCAAGUCUCGUCUCUGAAUGCUGUUUGGUGAUUGUUGAAGCUCUGUCAACAUUUUAUAAUGACGCGGAUGUAGACAUGCCAUAUGGCGAAUUUGUCAAGUAUU